AUGGAAGAGCAACAAGCAAUUACUGAAAGGGGCACGGACGAGGCCGCACAACCGCCACUAUCAUCAUCAGCGUCAUCAGGAGCAGCAGCAGCAGCAGCAGCAGCAGCAGAGCCUACGAGCAACCGCAACAGCAGCAGUGCGAGUGCGAGUGCGUGUGUGUUGCUGCGGCCACACAGCGACGUGACAGAGUGGUACCUGGUGGGGCACAGGGAGGUGGGGCGCGGGCAGUUUGGCGUCAUCCGGCCGUGUGUGGAGCGCAGCACGGGGCUUGUACUCGCGUGCAAGAGCAUCCACAAGGACGGUGUCGUGCAGUCGGAGAGGGACGCACGGGCCAUCCGCAGUGAGGUGCGCACCAUGGCACGCGUGGGAGGCCACCCUGCUGUCGUGCACCUGCGCGGGGCGUUUGAGGACGCCAAGAGCGUGCAUCUGGUGAUGGACCUGUGUGACGGCGGCGAUCUCUUCGACCUAAUCAAGGCCACGGGUCCACUACACGAGCGCACGGCGGCGCACAUCUUCCGCCACCUGCUGCUCGCGCUGCACCACUGCCACACCUUAGGAGUCGUGCACCGGGACGUUAAACCCGAAAACAUUCUCCUCGCUUCCCAGCCUGCCGCUGCUGCCGCGGCUGUUGCGCGGGAUGUUGCUGCUGUGGAGCCGAUGAAACCGGCUAGUGCUUCGGGUGCUGAUGCGGAUGCGCUGCAGUGUGCGGGAGCAGUCAAGCUCACCGACUUUGGCGUCGCCACCUUCCUCCCCUCCGCUGGCGAGGUGCUGCGAGUGCAGGAGCUAGUGGGAACCCCAGAGUACAUGGCGCCAGAGGCGUGGCAGGGCGAGUACAGCCCCGCCUCCGACAUGUGGGCUGCAGGGGUCGUGCUGCACGUGCUGCUCGCAGGAGUCCCGCCCUUCUGGGCCGCAGAGAAGGAUGCGCUGGUGGCAGCGGUGCGGGGGAAGGACGUGGCGUUGAAGGGGCGAAGGUGGAGAGGGGUGUCGGGCGCGGCUAAGGAUGUGGUGAAGCGGUUGCUGCGGAAGCAGGCUGGGGAGCGGCCCACUGCGAGCGACCUGCUAGGCUGGGGAGCGGCCCACUGCAAGCGACCUGCUAGGUCACCCUUGGCUGCUAUUCUAGCUCCUUACUGUUCCCUUGAAAACAAGACUACCAUGUAG